AUGAUGCCUCCACCUGGUGCGUUCCCUCCCGGCCCUCCUAUACCUUCCCAUCCUGGACCAAGCAUAUCAACCUCGCAACAAAGGCCGACAUCGGAGCCACAGCGACAAGCCAGGCCGAAGCGGCUGAAGGCCCACACGGUGACGAGUAAAAGUUAUAGCAUCCCAAUGGUGCCGCGGGACAAGGGUGGUCGGCCGAUGCUACCCUUAAACGUGGGUAUUAUGACGGUUAUAUCUCUUGGAGAAGUCUGUAUGAGGGAGCAUUUCCAUACAGAGAGGUAUAUCUUCCCUGUUGGGUACGAAGUCACCCGACGAUAUCUUUCAACCAUCGAUCCCAACAUCGAAGUUGUCUAUCAUUGUACAAUUCUUGACGGAGGUGAUGGGCCUAAGUUUCAGAUCGUCCCCUCAGAUGUUGCCGAUAAGCCUGUCAUUGCAGGGACGGCGACUGGAGCAUGGUCGAGCAUCGUGAAACAGGCGAAUGCAAUCCGAAAUCGACAGCAUUCAAAUUCGGUGUCUGGACCGGAUUUCUUCGGGUUGGGGCAAAAUACUAUUAAGCACCUUAUCCAACAGCUGCCUAAUGCAGACAAGUUGAGCGACUAUGUAUGGCAGAAUUUCGUUGAGGGGGGGCCAUUAGGAGGCCGACACGCGGCAGUAAUACCUGCUCUGCCGGAAGAGUACGACUCCUCGGUUCCCAUAGGACCGUACUAUCCAUCUACGAGCGAGAAACUCCGACGAGAACAGUUGGCAGUACAAGCCGGACAACCUCGGAAGAGCCAUUACCCACCUCAUGUCAUGGCGCGUGCGGCACAGGAGGCCCAAAAUAAUGCCCGACAACAACAAGCUCAGCAACAAAACCACCCUUCUCCGCAGCCACAACCUAUUCCCCAACAACCACACCCGGCACCUCAACCACAACCCCAGCCGCCGCCGCCACCGCUUCACCCACAGCAUUUAGGGAUAUCCGAGAGCGCUGCUGAUGCUGCGACGUUUGCAAGUCUCAUCAGCGCCUAUGGGGCCGCACAGGCGGGGGGAGGACCUCCCCCUGCAGGUCUGAUGGCAGGUGGGCCUCCACCGAGUGGACCCCCACCUUCAUAG